UGCACGAAGUAGUUUAGGUGUCACUAUUCGCCAAACAUGGACGACGAUGGCGGGAAACUUGAUUUGGCCCAACUGCGAAAUCUUGUUAGAACAUAUAUUGACAAUCAUCUGUACCAUACUGCAUUGUUUUGGGCAGAUAAAGCGUGCUCCUUGUCCAGCAACAGCCAGCAAGAUAUUAUUUGGCUAGCACAGACUAUGCUAUUGACAGGACAGUACGAAAGAGCGGCAGAACUGUUGAAAAAGCACGGCCUAGUGAAUUGUAGUCCAAUCGCCAAAUAUAUCGUAGCAAAAUGCUAUGCAGAGCGAAAAGAAUGGGACAAAGUGCUGGAUAUACUUGAAAAUGAUCAAGUGGAUGUUAGUUCUUGUGAUGAGCAGGGAGAUAUUUCCAAGUUUGAAGGACCAAUUUGUGGUCGGAAAAUUGAAAGUGCCAUCUGUUUGUUGAAGGGGAUGGCGUACGAGGGGUCUGGAAACAGUAUUAUCAUAAAGAGUUUUGCUGCAGAUGCAUUCAAGGAGGCGUUACGACUUGAUGUUUAUUGCUUUGAGGCGUUCGAUUUCCUAACUGCACACAACAUGAUGACUGCACAAGAAGAACUGGACUUGAUUGAGUCACUCCCAUUUUCAACGCAGUGUUCAAAAGAAGAAGCCGACUUUGUUAGGUUUCUGUAUGAAAGUAAAAUCAAGCAAUAUUGUAAGCCAGUCGACCCGAAACUUCCAAAUCACCUUGAGGCUCUGAACGAAAACCUUGAUGUAGUUACCAGUCAUGCUGUAAGGCAUUUCAAUAGCUGUGACUUCAAGAUGUGUUACAAGCUUUCAUCUGCAGUAAUGACAAAGGACCAGUUUCAUGAGAGCUGUUUGCCUGUGCACAUAUCAUGUUUGGUAGAGUUAAAAAAGAAGAAUGAACUCUACCACCUUGCCUCUCGAUUGGUUAAUAACUACCCUAAAAGAGCCAUCUCAUGGCAUGCCGUAGGAGCAUAUUACCUUUUAACUGGAAGAAGUGAAGCUGCAAGGAGAUAUUUUGGGAAGGCAACUGGGAUUGACCGAGUAUAUGCCCCUGCUUGGCUUGGAUUUGCCCAUAGUUAUGCCAAUGAUGGUGAGCAUGACCAAGCAAUAUCAGCUUACUUUACUGCUUCAGAAUUAAUGCCUGGCUCACAUCUUCCUUAUUUCUACUUAGGGCUUGAGUACAUAACAACCAACAACAUUAAACUUGCUAGACAUUUCUUCAGGGAAGCAUUGAAAAUAUCACCAGAUGACCCAUUUGUUAAACAUGAACUUGGCUGCAUUGAUUACCAAAAUGGUAACUACAAGUCUGCAAAGAAAUACUUUGAGCAUGCCUUGAAAAGGCUUGAAAUAAUUUAUGGCAAUGUCAUACCAGAAGAAUGGGAACCACUUUUUAGCAAUUUAGGUCAUGUAUGUAGAAAGCUAGGUAAUUAUAAGAUUUCAUUACAUUACCACAAGACAGCUUUAAACAUUUGUCCUAACAAUGCCUCAACAUACUCAGCAAUUGGAUUGUCACAUUGUUAUCUUGGCAGCUAUGUAAAUGCGAUAUCUGCAUUCCACAAGGCACUUAGCAUUCACAGAGAUGAUACAAUAAGCCAAGAACUUCUUGUUUAUGCACUCAAUAAUGCAGCAGAAUCUCAAGUCACAACCAUAGACAGUUCGGAUGAUGAAGGUCUUGGAGAAGACACUGACAGGACUGCUGAGAAAUCAACCAUUGAUAUGGAUGAAUCUUCAAUGAUGGAGGAAGCUUGAAAACGGUACUUUAUUUCAACAAGUUUUAGUGAUAUGAAAUAUGUAUUUCCCUUGAAACUAUCAUGAGCUCUUCCAGAUCUACAAAUAGGAUUGAAGUAGUUCAGCUAAAAGAAUAGUUUUUUCUAGUGUAAAGCUAGUUUUUUCUUGCAUGUAUAUGAUAAGAAGCCAAAAUAACCAAUCAUUAUUUACAUUGAUGUUAUGGUAGCUUUAAAAUCACUUUUUAAACAUAAAUCUAUGGGAUUUUCUUGGAUUUUACAA